AACGGGUCAAGCAAAAUAUUAUUUUCUCCUUUCCUUUGUAAAAUAAUACAAAUGGCUUGUUUCUGAACAAAACCUCACUUUUAGUUUUGAUUUGCGAUUUGCACGGUUCCUCUCUCUCCUUCUCUCUCGUUCUUGCCAAAAUGGCGAUGUUAGAUCCUUCAGCUAAAUCCUUCAAUACCCAUUUGUGUUUUCCAAGUAUUCCCAGUGAUCACUCAGAUUCCGGCGUCUGUUCGCCUACCCUGUGGAGAACCAGUCCGCCGAAGAGUCCUCGUCACCGGCCAGAAGAUUACUGGAGCCUCUCGCCGGACUCGAAGGCAGAGGCUAUCGCUCGUGGCCAACGAGAGCUUAUGGACAUGGUUAGUAAGAUGCCCGAGUCGUGUUACGAGCUUUCAUUGAAGGAUCUUGUCGAAGUGAGGGGAAACGAAGAGAGUGACAGGAAGGUGUUCGAUGAAUUGCCUAAGAGAACGAAUAGGCAGAGUAACGCUGUGAGGAAGACGAAGAGUGAUAAAUGGGUUGAUCCGAAUCGAAACAGUAGCGUAAAAGACAGUGGCUUUCUUCUUAAAAUGAUGUUUCCUGUUAGCUUAGGAUCUAAGAAAGAUACGACGAAGAAGAUGACGAAGUAUAAGAAGGUGGAUUCUUCUGUGACGGUUAAAGAUUCUCGGGUUUCACCGAGACCUUCGAUCUCCGAAGAGUCAGUGAAAGCAGAGGAUAAAGAAUGGUGGAAUAGAUUGUCUGAUCCGAGAGAAAGCUCGAGCACAGAGAGAAGCGGAAGUAGCAGUAGCAGCAGCAGUAGUAGGAGUCGAAGCAUCAGCCUAAGGGAUAGAAACAGUGGCUGCUUCUCGUUCCUCUGGAGUUUACAUUGACAAGAGUGAACCAGAGUUAAUCCUCAAUGUGUGGUGAGCUAUUUAGGUUUUCAUGGCUAUGAAUCUUCCGAGGAAUGGUUCCAAGAACAGAGGAGAUGAGACCGGAGAGAUGAAAACCGUUGAUUGUGCCACAAAGAUGACAACUUUUAUGAUGAUACUCCUAAAUUUUGCUUUUUUAUUAGCGUGUGCAUCGUUUUGGAUACGAAUUUAAUUUAUGUAAAUAGAGUUUAAUGUGCACUGAUUAGCUCUGAAUACUUUGUUUUAGGACCUACUCGAUUACCCUUGUUACUUUAUUAAAAGCCUAAAACUAAUAAAUUUACAUCA